AACGUCGUCGACCGUCUCCUGGAAAGACUUCUCGAGUCGUUCGUGAUCGAGAGGGAGCUUUGAAGAAAGAAAACCUGUUCCCAGGACAAAAGGUGUCAGUUGAUCAUUUUGAGUGUACCACAAGAGGGCGAUUGCUGCAUACCUUUGGCAAAGAAGAUCCCAAGACACAGUACACUGGAGGAUGCAUCUUCGUUGACCAUGCAACAGGUUACGUCUUUGUCGAGCAUCAAGUUCAUCUGAACACCCAAGAGACGCUGAGUGCAAAGAUAUCUGUGGAAGAACAACUUCGAGAUUACGGAGUAGUUGUACUCGAAUAUUUAAGUGACAAUGGAAGGCCCUUCACAUCGCAAGAACACAAUGAUCACUUACUCAAGUUCUCACAAAUUCACUCAUUUGCUGGAGUCGGAGCUCAUGAUCACAAUGGAAUUGCCGAACGAUCAAUCCAAACCAUCAUGUCCAUCGCUCGAACCAUGAUGAUGCAUAAAGCCAUCCAUUGGCCUGAUGUCGCAACCACCACACUCUGGCCCCUCGCAGUGGAUCAUGCCGUCUUCCUCUACAACCACAUGCCCAACCAAUCAUCUGGUCUCUCACCGCACGAUCUGCUUACCAAAACCCGUUGGAAACAAUCACAACUUGCCGAUGUUCAAGUUUGGGGAUGCCCAGUAUCUACGUUGGAAUGA